ACAUACACGCGUAUUUCCUCAUCAUCCUUAGUGAGCCAGCCAGCGACGCUCGUCCCCGAAGCGCCCGGAUGAAAAAGAGGGAUUCAAGGGAACAGGGUUGUUUGACUCUGUCGAGAUAGAGCAGAGCAGGGGGGGACAUAUACAGGACACAGAGAGAGAGAGAGAGAGAGAGGGAGAGUGUGUCGGAAUCUGGACGGUUUUUGACGGAGCUUCUAAAAGCCACUAGGCGACAACCAGACGCUCGGUUCUGGGAAAAGGAGAGUUGUUGAAAGGUGUCGUGUUUCGCUCUUUACCCCUCUCUCGGAUCAUUCUCUCCUCCAAUUCAAUCUCCUCUUGAUGUGAGGAGACUGCGUCUUGAAGGUGAGGGACGUGUGUAGAAGGGACUGUCUCAGCUCUGAGUCAUGGAAUGCCCCCUCCGUCCGCCACGAGCCGCCUCCUCUCUACAGACUGACUUCCAGACGCUGAGUUAGCGACACAUUGCUCCCCUCCAACUGAACACAACCAGGAAGGGGACGAAGUCACAGCAGAGCUUCGUACGCACAGAGGAAAGGAUUUACAGCUCCUCUCCAACGAACCAACAGCUAGCUGCUUUUAGCCGAGUUGGUUAGGUUGAGUUUGGUAGAUUUCUCUCCUUGUCUUGUUUUUUUUUCUGUGGAUUUGGGAUUUUUGAUCGAGAGUCAAGAUGGUGGAUUUACAAGAGUACCUGUGGAUGGUGAUCCUGGGCUUCGUCAUAGCCUUCAUCCUGGCGUUCUCUGUGGGGGCCAACGACGUGGCCAACUCGUUCGGGACGGCGGUGGGGUCGGGGGUGGUGACGCUGAAACAGGCCUGUAUCCUGGCGUCCAUCUUUGAGACGUUGGGUUCCAUGCUGCUUGGAGCCAAGGUGGGGGAGACCAUACGGAAAGGCAUCAUAGACGUCAACCUCUACAACGAGACGGUGCCUGUUCUCAUGGCGGGGGAGGUCAGCGCCAUGGUCGGUUCAGCGAUUUGGCAACUCAUCGCCUCGUUCCUCAAACUACCCAUCUCCGGGACGCAUUGCAUCGUGGGUUCGACCAUCGGGUUCUCCAUGGUGGCCAUUGGCACCAAGGGCGUACAGUGGAUGCAGCUGGUCAAGAUUGUUGCAUCCUGGUUCAUCUCUCCCCUACUGUCAGGAAUGAUGUCAGGGUUCCUCUUCUUUCUUAUCAGACACUUCAUCCUUAAUCAGGAUGACCCGGUGCCCAACGGUCUCCGUGCCCUGCCAGUGUUCUACGCCUCAACCAUAGGCAUCAACGCCUUCUCCAUCCUUUACACAGGAGCACCAUUGCUAGGUCUGGAGAUGUUACCGGUGUGGGCUAUAGCUCUGAUCACGCUGGCGGGGGCUCUGGUCUGUGCUGCCGUGGUCUGGUUUGCUGUCUGCCCCUGGAUGAGACGGAAGAUAGCAAGUCGAAUAAAGAAGGAGCGAGCUGCCCUGUCCAGGAUCUCAGACGAGUCCUUAGAACAGAUCCCUGAGGAGGAGGAGGAGGAGCUUCCCGUGUUCAAGGAGCUACCGGGCGCCAAGGGGACAGACGACGCCGUGCUGCCGUUAACUGGUGGUACCGGAGGAGAGUCACGGAGAGGAGAGUCCACCGGAGAGCUCAACAGCCUGGCCAACGGAGGCACUGCCCUGCCCAAAGGACGUGUCUAUGGACGAACCCACUCCAUGACCAACGGUACCCUGUCCAUGUCCAAGUCCCCACUGUCCAACGGCAGCUUCACCUUCGGAGGGGAACACAUCCGCAGCGACGGCCAGGUGUACCACACGGUUCACAAGGAUUCUGGUCUCUACAAAGACCUGCUCCACAAGAUCCACCUGGGACGACUGGAGGAUGACAACUCCGCCCCCACGCCAGACAACAACUACCGCCUGCUGCGUCGCAACAACAGUUACACCUGCUACACGGCCGCCAUCUGUGGCAUGCCGGUCCAGCCGCUGCUCCGUUCCGAGUCCCGCGAGGCCCGAGAGGCCCGAGAGGACAGUGAGAAGCUGGUGGGGGAAGGGGAGAGGUCGGGGAGCGUGUCCUUUACCAAGAAGAGAGUUCGCUAUGAUAGUUACUCGUCGUACUGUAACGCCGUGGCGGAGGCCGAGAUCGAGGCGGAGGAGGGUGGCGUGGAGAUGAAGCUGGCAUCUGACCUGGGGGGCGAGGAGGCAGGGGCGCCGGGUGCUCCUGUCCCGCUGGACGACUCCGCAGAAGAGGAUGAAGGGGACAAGGACAAACCAACCGUUUACCUGCUCUUCCACUUCCUGCAGAUCCUCACUGCAUGCUUCGGAUCUUUUGCUCACGGAGGCAAUGACGUCAGUAACGCCAUCGGCCCGUUGGUGGCGCUGUGGAUGAUCUAUGAACAAGGCGGGGUGAUGCAGGACGCCGCCACCCCGAUCUGGUUGCUGUUCUACGGGGGCGUUGGCAUCUGCUGCGGCCUCUGGGUGUGGGGGCGCCGGGUGAUCCAGACCAUGGGGAAGGACCUCACCCCCAUCACACCUUCCAGCGGAUUCACUAUAGAGCUGGCUUCAGCUCUCACUGUUGUGUUGGCUUCCAAUAUCGGAAUCCCUGUCAGUACCACACACUGCAAGGUGGGCUCGGUAGUAGCGGUUGGCUGGAUCCGCUCCAAGAAGGCGGUUGAUUGGCGGUUGUUCCGUAACAUCUUCCUGGCGUGGUUCGUCACGGUGCCGGUGGCGGGGCUGUUCAGCGCCGCGGUCAUGGCUCUGUUCGUCUACGGCAUCCUCCCUUACGUCUGAGGAAGAGAGGAGAGAGGGUGGAAAGAGGAGAGAGGGAGGAGAGAGGAGAGAGGGAGGCCUCAAGGAGAUGGAGAGUGGGGGGAGAUAAAAGAGAGGGGUAAAGAACGAGGGGAUGAAGAGUGGGCCUCGAUGUUAAGAAUGGGGCUAGGGGGAGAGGAGAGGGGUGGAAUGGUUAAUUACACUGUGUCUGGAGAAGAGGGUUAGAUCACAUUCUGCGUGGGUUCUAGUCCUGAAGAAGGUUAGAUCACAUGCUGCCUGGGUUCUAGUCCUGAAGAAGGUUAGAUCACAUGCUACCUGGGUUCUAGUCCUGAAGAAGGUUAGAUCACAUGCUACCUGGGUUCUAGUCCUGAAGAGGGUUGGAUCACAUGCUGCCUGGGUUCUAGUCCUGAAGAAGGUUAGAUCACAUGCUACCUGGGUUCUAGUCCUGAAGAGGGUUAGAUUACAUUCGGCCUUGGUUCUAGUCCUGAAGAGGGUUAGAUCACAUGCUGCCUGGGUUCUAGUCCUGACGAAGGUUAGAUUACAUGCUGCCUGGGUUCUGGUCCUGAAGAGGGUUAGAUCACAUGCUGCCUGGAUUCUGGUCCUGAAGAGGGUUAGAUCACAUGCUGCCUGGGUUCUAGUCCUGAAGAGGGUUAGAUCACAUGCUGCCUGGGUUCUAGUCCUGAAGAGGGUUGGAUCACAUGCUGCCUGGGUUCUAGUCCUGAAGAAGGUUAGAUCACAUUCUGCCUGGGUUCUAGUCCUGGUGUUUAACUAACAUGUUAAAUCUUACAGAGCAGCCUGCUGUACAGACGUCCAUAUCACAGACAUACUGUAGCUACAUAAUACAGACGUACAGGGCCUUCAGAGAGUAUUCAUACCCCUUGACUUAUUCCACAUUCUGUUGUUUUACAGCCUGAAUUCAAAAUGGAUUUCACCGAUCUACACAAUUUGGCAAAAUUCCAAAAGUGAAAAAAACAUGUUUUUAGAAAUGUUGGCUAUUUUAUCGCAAAUUAAAUACAGAAUUGUCUCUUUUUGUAUAUAAGUAUUCACACCCCUAAGUCAAUACUUUGUAGAAGCACCUCUGGGUGAGUCUCUAAGAGCUGGAUUGAUCAUUGCUAGACAACCAUUUUCAGGUCUUGAUAUAGAUGUUCAAGUAGAUUUAGGUUUAAACUGUAACUCGGCCACUCAGGAACGUUUACUGUCUUCUUGGUAAGCAACUGUCUUCCUCUCUGGCAACUGAGUUAGGAAGAAGGACGCCUGUAUAU